UAAUAUGUUUUUAUUUUUACUUUUUGAGGACGACUCCGUCUGAAACUUUUCAGAACAUUGCAUGUGUCGUCAGGUGAGGGAGAGGCAGAGGGAAGAUGGAUUUUUUUAGUGGGUUGGAUUUUAAAAUUUGGGGAUUUUGACGCUGGGUAGCUUAUGUCCGGAGAUUGGAGUGGCUCGUCCUCACCAGUGCUAGGCGAUCGUGAUCUCCGGUGGCCAGCCGUCGGUGAGGGAAUAGAGGAGAGAGAGAUUUGUCUGAAAUGGAGGAAGAGAGAGAGUGACAGGCUUUUUCAUCUCCUAAAGUUUUUAUUUAUUUUUUUAUUAAAGGUCCAGACGUGGCACGGCCACGUUGGAUUGGGCGGACGGUGAGACGACCAAGUGUCUGCCGUAUAGUUCUACUCCUGAUAUACGGAUAAUUUUCUAUCUGAAAGACUGAAACCCUAAUAGGCAAGUACUCAUCACGCGGCGCCUCUUCUAGAGGUUUCUUCUUCACGGCUCCACCUCCUCCGUCAAACGACCACGCCGACGGCCAGUGCGCUCGCCGUCGAUCAUCCUGCAACAAUGAAGGUGCGUUCUUCAGUUAAGAAGAUGUGUGAAUUCUGUAAGACUGUGAAACGCCGUGGUCGUGUUUAUGUAAUAUGCACAGCUAAUCCUAAGCACAAGCAACGACAAGGCAUGUCAACAUUUGCAUAUGAAGGCCCUGCUCCUCCUACGUCUUCUGACACGAGUACCAAACUGGAGAUGGUGACUGGUCCCAAUUUACGGGCCGGUCUGGCUUCUCUCAUUCCCAAAAAGCAGGAGCCAGUGACGAUGUAUGGAUGGAGGGCAGGCCUCGCAUCCAUUCUGUUCAAUAAGGUAAAUUAGCUUUCCUCCUAUUCGGAAGGGUGAGAAUGAAAUGGGAUAAUCAAAGAAUCGUACUGGUUUUAGCCUUGAUGAAUUUUGUCAUCUAUUGACCUUUCUCGUGUAUUAUGUUUCAUUGUGAUGCUAUAUUCUUAUACACUAGUGGGAGGGAGUGAUUAAAAUGAAAAAGAAACAAGAGAGAGUAGUAACUUAAAUAAACAAGAUUUCUUGAGAGUACAGAAAUUCAAAUGUUCUUCAAUUCUUGGGAGGUUCACACUUUAUGGAAGUCAUGGAAGGAAAAAUCUUCUGUUUCAUUUU